AAGUCCUUACCUACUACUUAAAUUAUUAGAUUUGGCAUUAAAUCCCCAAUUAGACCUCUUUACCACAUCCAUCUUGGAUUCAAAGCUUCAAGCUUCCACGGUUUAACAUUCAGCCUUCGUCCCCCGCUGGAUUUUCUCCUCAAUCUUCCUCCAACAAGCAUUUCUGAGCUCCAAGGUGUUUAGGAAGUGGAAAGAAGAUAAUGGAUUCAGCUCAGAAUGCAUCGUCAGCUGCUGGGACUGGUGGAAGCAGUGGCAAUGGAUCCGUCAUCAAUGAUACGUCAGCAUCAACUACAGUGGAUGAUUCAAAGCAAAACUUGAACCAAGUAAUCAACUCCAUACAGAAAACUUUGGGUAUCCUCCAUCAGCUCAACCUCACCGUUUCCAACUUCAAUGCUGCCUAUCAGCUGCCUCUUUUACAACGCCUUAAUUCUUUAGUCUUGGAGCUAGAUAAUAUGGUUAAAUUAUCUGAGAAAUGCGCCAUCCAGGUCCCUAUGGAGGUUCUUAAUUUGAUCGAUGACGGGAAGAACCCAGAUGAAUUCACGAGGGAUGUCUUAAAUAGUUGCAUUGCAAAAAAUCAGAGUACGAAAGGCAAAACUGAUGCCUUUAAGGGUUUACGGAAGCAUCUUUUGGAGGAACUUGAACAGACAUUUCCUGAUGAAGUUGAGUCUUACAGAGAAAUUCGGGCUGCUUCUGCUGCCGAAGCAAAAAGGAUAGCGCAAGCACAAAGUAUGUUACCAAAUGGGGAUAUGAAGGUUAAGAUGGAGGUUUAACUAGUGCCUUCUGCGAUAAUUAUCAGGGAAUUCGUUCUUAUUUUAUACUCAAUUAAGUUGAAAAGACUUCUGAAGAUCGAAUUUUCUCACUCAAAAUAGGUGAGGAGGCUGUAUCUUGGUUUCUCUACUCAAGACUGUGCGGCAGACGUGGGAUUUGAUGACGGCUAAUGAAUUAAGAUUGCAAAGCCACACAAGAUGAAACAUUUAAUUGGAACUAUCAUAUUCGUAUUCAUAAUCAUUGGGCCAGUCAAGGUGGAGAAGAAUCAUACAGUCCUCAAACGUUGAACUUUGGAUUUUACAGGCAGUAUCAACCCCAUUCAGGGGUAGUCUGAUUCAAGUUUUAUUUUACUUUUUACUUGGUAAAUGAAUCUUUCCGGAACUGGAUUCUCACUUUUCUGUUAAUAAGUAUUGUAAAUUCAUAUACUAAUUCCUUGCCUCAUCUCAGUCACUUUGAAUUUUAAAAAUGGAAAUGCAUUAAACCGCAAUUAAUCAAGGUACGACAACCUCCUCAAAAGACCCAAAAAUAUUUUGUUCCAAAGGAGAAAUGUCUAUGGUGUUAACGGCAGCCCGUGCCAGGUUUUGAGCAGCCAUAUUAUAUAGGGGGUUUAGCCCUUCCUCGAUAGCUCCGGAGAUUCUCUGGAGUCACGCAUCACCUGUGCAAGUUUGUGCUCGCUCUAAGAGGUGUCAGAGUUCAUCUUCCAGCUUCUUUGCAGCAGCGGGCACCAAGAACCUUGACUCAGGUGGCUCUCCAAUCUUGGCGUAAUCUGAGCAAGGGGAUGAAACCCUAGACUUGAUAGAAGAAAUUCAGUCAUCAACCCUAGCAGGUGGUGGACCAAUGGUAAAAGAGACGAACACUGCUACGAUCCAGGCUGCUGCUGAUUGUUACCUCAGGUCGAUUCUUAGCCCACAAUAGUCGAUUGGAAGCCCAACCGCGCCUCACGUGCUCCAGCCACCAUUCAGAGAUCAUUCUGCCAGCUUCACGACCCAACAAGUCUAGACCCAGUCGAUCCAGACCACUGGCGCACAAGUUUAGCAAUUGUCGAUUGUGCUGAUGCCCAACGUUGAGCCGUUCGAGCGUCACUCAGGGCUGGCCGACCCGUCCACCAGCUUACCCAGUCGAUGUCGAGUUUCAGUGCCGCUCCGACCCAGUUUAAUGCCCUCCAAGUUGCAGCUUAGCUAGGGCUUCAGUUGCUGCGACACGUGCAACCUUCGAUCGAACAGCCUCACACCCAAGCCACCGAACCUAUGGGUCAACAUCAUCCUUCAGGUUUGAACGGGCAUCAACCUUCUACAACCUAUGGGUUGAUUGACUAUGGAGGUUUAGGACCAAUGGGUGUUUCUUCGAUUAGGAUUCAACAACAGAUUACUAGCCUCCAACAAUAGAUCGCAACACUUGGGUCGCUUUUUGAGACCACACCCAACCCUCAGACAAACCUUAAUCCAGAUUUAUCUUCAACUUUUCCUUUAUACGCAGAAACUCCGGUAACAACCUUUCCUAAUUUACCUACUGUAAAUAUUUUAUCUAGGUCUGUGGGGAAUUCUGUAGGAAUAGUCACAGUAGAGAAACUAAAUGGCCAGAAUUAUUUUUCUUGGUCUCAAUAUGUAAAAAUGGUUCUUGAGGGGUGAUAUAAAUUUGGAUAUAUUUGACUGGCGAAA